AUGAUAUGGAACCGACUUGCACAGCCGCUGAGGUCCCGUGCCCGGCAUGGCACAUAUGGAGCUCUAAGAUCUCAUCCUCGCGCUGUGGUGUAUACCCCCAAGCGUUUCAACUCAAACCCUCAGAACACAGGCCAGUACACGCCGGAUCCCACCGACCAGGAUGAUGCGGACGAUGGGAAGGGCAAGGGUCAGGGCCGCGGUGGCGACUCCGACCCCAACUUCAAAUCUACGAUCCUCAAAAUGCUCGAGACUGCGGCAACCACUGCGGCAUCCAUCGCCAUCUUAGGUGCGGCAGGAUACUCGUACCACCAGUACUACAAGUACCUGAUUCUCGACAAAAUGGACAAUGCUUUCAAUCCAGGUGACCCCGCGCUCGAAGUCGCGGGUGUUGUAUCUGGAAAGCACAAGUACCGCCAUGAGGAACAUUGGGUAGUUCGCAAUGAGCAGCCCAAGAUUGAUGACAUUGUAGCUGGACGCAGAAGUGGCCACUAUUAUCUCAUGAUCGGCGAAAAGGGAACAGGCAAAACUUCAAUGCUCCUGGAGGCUAUGCGCAAGAUCAAUGGCAACAGCUGUGCCAUGUUCGAAGCACACGCCGACCUGGAAAUUUUCCGCAUCCGACUCGGCAAAGCUUUGGACUACGAAUUCCACGAAGACUAUAUUGGAAGUCUUUUUAGCAUCCGUGGACCCAGAGACACCACGGCCCUCUUGGACAUUGAGCGUGCCUUCAACAAGCUGGAGAAAGUGGCACUCACCAGACGACGCGAUGGAUGCCCUCCUUUGGUCUUGAUCAUCAACAGCACUCACUUAGUCAGAGAUGAUCAUGACGGACAGGAUCUGCUUGAAAUGAUCCAGCAGCGUGCCGAGCAAUGGGCUGCCAGCGGUCUUGUCACGACAAUCCUAAACAGUGAUGACUACUGGGUCUACGAGCGCUUGAAACGUUACGCAACUCGCAUGGAAGUUAUUCCCGUGACAGAUCUGCCCAAGGACAAGGCAAUGACGGCCUUGAAGAAAUAUCGCGAGCAAUUCCACAAUGAAACGCUUUCACCUUCGAUUCUAGAGCAGGUCUACGACAAGGUCGGUGGGCGACUCUCCUUCCUCAACCGCGUUGCCAAAUCCGAGAAUGUCACCAAGGCUUGCGAUGAUAUCUGCCGGGCCGAGAAAACUUGGUUCCUGAACAAGUGCUGGAUCCUAGGAAAGGAAAUGGACGACGAUGUGAUGGAUGAACAGAAGUUCUCCUCUGCUGCCAUGGUCCUCGCGAAAGCGUUGGUCGACCUUGAAGAAGAGAUGGAGUCAAAUUACCACGAAGAGCAAGGACAUAUUUUACCCGAGAUUCCGCUUCACAAGGCGCGCGAGAUCAUGACCCGUGCAGACUUCAUCCAAUCCUACGACCACGAGAAUAUCUUCACCAUUGACUCACGAGCGAUGGUUCGUGCCGAUUCGGUGCCCAUGCAACGCGCUUUCCAAGAAAUCUGUGCCAUUGAAAACUUCGACAAGCACUUGGAUGGCACUUUGGAGCGCAUUGGAGACAUCGAGAGUCUUGGCCGUACCCGUGAGCUGACCAUCAAAGAUCUUUGGAAUAAUGGUAAGUAUCGUGUUGUUGUGCGCGACAACCACGGACGUGAGAGCGGGACAGUAGAAUUUGCCGUGGAUGAGAAAGAGGGCGAUGAUUAA